AUGCCCAUCUUCAACUCCAUCAACGCCUUGGCCUACAACCCUUGCCUGAACAUUGUUUGUUACAUCAUGAACAGCCCAGAGGAGAUGAGAGCACACCUAGAAAGCUCUGCCAACAUCAUUCACGCUCUGAUAAGCGCCAGCAGUUGCAACAAGGUCAGGUUCUUCAAGUGCAACGUGUACAAGCACCCCAAGUGGGGAUUCCUCUAUUGGCUCGACCCCAGGGGAGAAGAAGGACCAGAUACACUGUAUGAAAAGCGAGCGUAUUGCUGGUGGAACUUCAUUGCCUCCCAUCCAGGUGCUUUCAGGGAUCUGGCACAAUGGCAUCGCCAUGGGUUUGCUACCCCACCCCCACAGUCUCCACACCUCCAUCUCGGACCCACCAGCCUACACAAGCAGGCCAGCAACGCCAGUGACCCCUCCAGCACGGCCAGACACUCCCAGGCCAACAGAGGUACAUGCACCAGCACCCUUGCCCAUCCCCCUGUUCUGCAGCAUGCCAGACACUUGCUGGACCCCAAGAUACUUGUCCCCAGUGAGAGAAACACAAUGGGAGCCUCAGAGCUACCUAGGAUGGAGCAAUAA